AAAGAUAGUUACGUUGACAUUUUCUCUUAAACACAGGGAUUACGGAUUUGUAUACAUCCCACACUUUGUGUUUUGAUCUCGCAUAUUAUUAAAUACUACAUAGCCUGGAAUACAAAAUGGGUUCACUUUAAAAUUGUCAUAGUCUCCCCGGGCUCAGAGCAUGUCGUUGUCAAGAAGCUGAAGAAGGGCCUUUUAAAGGACCUGCAGCGGUGAUAUCGUGCACGUUUCAGCGAUCGUUUCUGGUUUCAUUGUGUCAUCUGUGACGGUCUAUCAUGAAUUUACAAUAGCCCUGGUUGUCUGGUACCUGCAACAGUUUUUAUACACUCUUUCAUAAAAAUCAUAACUAGCGAAUUUUACACAUCGUUCAAUGUGUUUGGUGCUUGAUUGAGGUUAGCGUCACACGCGCGUUUGUUGCCGGUAGACAUUUGACUCCGAGAAAAGCAAUAUCGGUAUUUAUCCGGUUUUAAAUUUCACCUUCCGAGGAGUGUGACACUAAAGGACUGCUCGAAGACUACUGCCCUGACUGCGAAUGUCUAUUCGUUUUUGAGCCAAAAUACUUCAUUGAUGUUCCCCAGACAGACAAGACAAUAUUGUGUAGGAGUGAGGAAUAAUAUUGGUGCCUUGGCUUUCGUCGUGAUCAUUUGCUCCGCGUUCUUCGGCAAAUUCCAUUGAACGCUUUACUUACAAAGCAACAAUCUAAAGACGAUGUUAUUGCUCACUUUCGCAAAAAGCUGGACACUGCUGGCUUUUGGGUUGACUUGCUGUUAUAUCCAACGUUCUGCGGUUAUGGCUGAGGUAUAUUCGGCGCUUUCGCAUACGCAGAGAAUCCGCGAUAUUGAGUUGGAACUAAACGACGCUCUACAAGACUACAUAGAGGAGCAAGAGACUCGUCUCGCAGCGAUAAAAAGGUUUGCAACCGAAGUUAAACACUCGGUUGAUCUGUCUGCCGAGGGGUCUCCCGGCUCGUACAUCGGGCAUCCAGUAAACAUGUACUUAAUGAUCAAACGAUUCGUCAAUGAAUGGCCCCAGGUAGAGAAAGUUGUCGAGGAACAAAGCAAUUCUGAAGCUUUUCUACUUGACCGACUGGCCUCCUCGAAGUCUAAGUUCCCUACGAGUGAAGACCUGACGGGCGCCAUCACGGCUAUUAAGCGCUUACAAGAGGUCUACGCACUCAAACCCGUCGACUUCUCCGAGGGACGGUUCGGGUUCAAACCGAAGACAGGAUAUUUGCUCGGACCAAAGGACACAUACAAGAUCGGGCGCGAGUCGUAUCUCGACGGAGACAUGGUCGGCACUGCCGAGUGGAUGACGGAAACGCUGAGGCUUAUGGAUCUUGGGGUCUCUAAUGGUGCCCAGGCUCCAAGGCGAACCGAUGUGCUCGACCAUCUAGCAUUUGCCGAAUUCAAGAAUGGCGAUGGAAGAAAAGCUCUUAACCACACAUUAGAAUUAAUUAAGAUCGAUCCCGAAAACACUCGCGCUAAGAACAACCUUGCCUUCUUCACUCAAGAAAUGAAGCGGGACGAGAGUAAGUUCACGAAAAAGGAGGAGGAAAAGAAAAAUGUUCCCAGUUACAAGUGGAUGAAAUCCCGCCUGUCACAAGACGUCUUUGAGAACUUUAACUGGCACGUAGAAAGAGACAUUUACAAACGACUUUGCCGAGGGGAGAAGCUCCCAACGUCGCCCCAGACGCCUAGAAGGCUGAUGUGCUGGUACUUCCGCGGGGAUCCCUUGUGUAUCAUCAAACCGUGCAAGAUGGAAAGGGUAUUCACUAACCCUGACAUCGUCAUCUUUAGAGAUGUCAUCACGGACAAAGAAGUCGAUGAAGUUCGCCAGAUAUCGGAGCCCCUGUUGAACAGAGCGACAGUGCACAACCCGAUCACGGGUCACCUGGAGACCGCACACUACAGAAUCAGCAAAAACUGUUGGCUGUCAGGCAGGGAGCAUGGUGAAGUCAUUGAUCGUGUCGAGAGACGAAUCGCUGCCAUGACCAGACUCAACCUCGAGACCGCCGAGGGAUUUCAGGUUCAAAACUAUGGACUAGCGGGGCAAUAUGAUCCGCACUUUGACUUUUCCCGAGACCUGGCAAACUCAUCGCUAGGAUCCCUCGGAACAGGCAACAGGAUUGCCACUGUCCUUGUAUGGAUGUCUCAAGUUGAGUCUGGCGGAGCAACUGUCUUUCCUUACGUCGGUGCAAGAAUUCUGCCACAAAAGGGCGAUGCUGUGUUCUGGCACAAUCUGCUCCGGUCCGGUGAUGGCGAUUUUCGUACACGGCAUGCUGGGUGCCCUGUGUUAUCAGGAAUCAAAUGGGUUGCAAAUAAAUGGAUCCACGAGUAUGGUAAUGAGUUUCACCGGCCUUGCUCACUUCGCAGAGACGAAUGACAGUCAAGACACAGAGAGGAAGACAAAAUAGGCAGUACUGAAUAACGUGCUUCAUGUUACCACGACCCGAUCGAUACCCGCGCUGUUCCCACCCCUCCCCCAUUGUUGCCACCACCCUACCCCUGAUUGUUAUCGCGAUUCCCCGAUUGCUACCACCACCCUACCCCUGAUUGUUAUCGCGAUUCCCCGAUUGUUAUCACCACCCUACCCCUGAUUGUUAUCGCGGUUCCCCGAUUGUUACCCGUUUGUUAAGCUGCAAGUUGUAUGACUUAAAAAGUAACUUCACAAAGCGAAUUUGCUUUAGAUCACGUUAUUCAGCACUUUUAAUAUUAGUACAUUUGAUAAAUGAAAAUUCUUUUAACAAUGCUUCACUUUGAGUUUAAGUUAAGAAAGGACCUUAGUUAAAUCUCUUUCAUAUAUAAUGUAUGUUUCCUUGUUUUGAGAUUUGUACAGUUUUAUAAUGUUUAUAUAUAUAUAUUGAGAUAUCGUUUUAAUUUUAUGUAAAGCAAAUAACAGCUAAAAAAAAGCUUAAAACAUAUUUUGAAAUGCCA